AUGCAUACCUACACAUAUAUUAUUAAAGGCGCCGCUGAAAAGCUGCUCAUCCAUCUCAAAGUCUUUGAAGAUGUAAAGCAAACCGACCCGAGUGCAAAAAACAACGGUGCCAAAGGACCUCAGAUUGUCGGCAAACCUAGAUAUCUCUGCUUAACUCAAAAACGUAACAAGAUUCGCUUAUACAAAACAAAGCGAAACCAGAACGGUGCUUUUACAAUUGGCAAGUCAUGGUCUCUUGAUGAUAUCAAGCAGAUCGAAGCAAUUGAUCCUGAAAGUGAUCCUCGCUCUUAUCCUUCUCCUCCACCCAACAUGUCCCCUGAGCGACCCAAGCACUCGCCCCUGUCACAACCAGCACCAACUUUGCCUGUUGCAAGUCGCCCGGCACCAUCGCCACCUGCAGCACCCGCACCAAGGACUCCUCAACGCGCCGUCGAAAUAUCCCCUUCAACGAACAUACAACCUGAACGCCGUGAGCGUGAGCGUGCCCGAGAAAUAAAACGUGAACGGGAGAAAAGAGAAAAGCAAGCUCAACAAGAAAAGGAGAAAAUGCGCAAAGUGGCAGAGAUGCAGGAAAAAAUGGCGGAAAAGGCUUCGUUGAUGAAUGUCGAAGAAUUAUUGGCCGAUUUCAAUUGGAAAACGAGUGGAAACGCAGCAGCACUCGAAAAAAGAUUAUUGGGCGAACUGCAUGCUUUGGAAGCUGCCAAUGUGCAUGCCAUAAUCCAGUCCGACGAACGCGUGCGCUCAGUUAUUGAUCAGAUCGAUGCUGCAUUGCAUGAACUUGAUAGCAUGGAUAGCUGGUUACUGCUUUAUAGCGCAGAACUUAAUAGUAUGGGUGAUGAUAUCCGAGAAAUCGAAUCACAGAACCGUGGCCUGCAGAUUCUAGCACAGAACCAACAUAGCCUUGUUCGUGAGCUCGAUGAUCUAUUGAACGCUAUUACAAUACCCCGGUCAUGCCUCGACAGUCUCAAAUUCGAUCCAAUGGACACCGCAGAAAACGUCGAGCAGAUCCAAUCCUCCGCCGAAAAAGUACAGCAGGUCCUGAAAAUCAAGCUGGGCGAUGGAAUGCAGAAUAUGAAAGCCGUUCAAGAGCGAAUGGCAGUGUAUAAUUCGCAUAGCAACAAUUUUAGUGCGCGCAUUUUUGAUUUCAUGAAAAGCCAGUUUGACAAGCAGGUAAAAAAGAAGAAUCAGAAAGCUGUCAGUUCCCGCACACCAUCAAACCCACGCAAGCCCCAACAGACAUUGGUCGCAAUGCCCCAUACCGUUAUUGAGAACAAUCUUAUCAAGUAUCAAGGGUUUUCGCUAUGGGAGAAGGAAAUGGAGCCACGUAUGUACAGCGAAUUGCAACGAUAUUAUGCUCAAACCAUGGCGCCAUUGUACGAGCAGGAUACUCGCGAACUGAUCGAGAGUGUGCGACCGCAUUAUACUACGCUGCGUAACCGUGGUCUGGACGAGCUAGAAUAUAUUUUCAAGCCUGAAGAAUCUCGACCCGUGCGAGCGUUAGCGUAUGGUGCUAAUUUACGGAGCGAAGACUCACGAACGAACCGAUAUCGUCAAAUGCUGCGUGGAUCAGUCGAAGGCGUUAUUGGCGGCGGUGCCGCUAGUAUCGAUGGCGAUGAACGUGCCGCAGAUGAUGCUUUCGCACAGUUGAUGGCCCAAGGUACAAUGCUAGUGACUCGGGAACAGAAUUUUAUGUGCGAUCUAUUCCAGUACUCUCAGGGCGCACCGAAAUCAUUUUUGGAACGAGGCCACGUUUAUGCACAAGUGCCUAACACCAACGAAUUAUGCGGUCGUCGAGAAAAACCACGCGACAUUAAAAUGUCAAAGAAGAUCAUUGACUGGAUGGAAAUAAUCUUUGAAACGCUCGAACCAAGUAUUGUCAGUUUAUUGGAAUAUGGUGUAAAGAGUGAUCCUACACAAACGGCUAGUAUGCUGGCAUCGGUCGAGUUCCAAAACGACAAAUGGUUGGGUUCCGAUCAAGACUUUUUGUUACGAUUAUGCAGCUCGCUGAUGCAGCGGCUGACUCGUAUGUUUGAGCGGUUCGUAUCUGAUCAGCUCAAAAUCAUUGAAGAUACCAAAGUGAGCACAAAGAAGCGUCGAGGCAUUCUGCCCUUUUUCCGAACAUUUCCGUUAUUUGCCUUGCGACUCGAAGUGGCCGCAGCCAAUGUCGAACCUGACUCGCAGACUCGGCAAACGGUGAAUGAUGCUUAUGAAAAGAUCAUUAACGCUAUGAUGUCCAGUUUGGACUCAAUUGCUCGCGAAACGGAUCAGACAGGUGACGAUAAAGAGCAACUGAAUGCGAAUAUUAUGUAUAUCGAAAAUAUGCAUCACUUCCACCACGAACUUCGAUCCAACAAACUUCAUGUCCUGGAGAAAUGGAUCAAAUACGCCAAAAGCCACUAUGAUACCAGUCUCAAUGCAUAUAUUAAGGUUGUAAUCCGUCGCCCCUUAGGCAAGCUUCUAGAGUUCUUUGAGGGCGUAGAUAACCUGAUGCACACGAGUACACCCGAAGAAGUCCAGUUCCACAUGAACUACAACAAGACUCAGCUGCGUAAAGUGAUUGCCAUGUAUCCAGCCAAAGAGAUUAAGAAAUCAUUAGAGCAACUGUACAAGCGUGUCGACAAACACUUUUCUGAAGAAGAAGGCUUGCUGCAAGUCGUAUGGCGUGGCAUCCAGGAAGAAUUCAUACAGCAGCACGAAAAGAUGGAGAACCUCAUUCAAAAAUGCUAUCCAGACACUCGGCUCCAUCUUGAAUUCUCCAUUGAUGAUCUUCUUUCGAUGAUGAGCGAGUUAGCUCGCAAGGUGCACUUGUAA